UCGUUCCUCCGGCCUUCGCGUUUCCAGUGUUGGGUGUAUUUUGUCCCCUACUGCGUGCGGUGUCGGCUUCCCGGCGGAAGUGGUGGCAGUAGGGGAAAAAGAUGGCGAGCCCUGUGGCGGCGGCACCUGGUGGGGAGGCCAGUCGGGCCAACAAGCGAGGUGGCGGGGGACCCGGAGGUGGAGGCGGCAGCAGCGUUGGCGGGGGAGCCAGGGCGACGGAGGAGGAACCGCCGCCGCCCCUGCAAGCAGUUCUGGUAGCCGAUAGCUUCAACCGUCGUUUCUUCCCGAUCUCCAAGGACCAGCCUCGGGUCCUCUUACCCCUGGCCAACGUGGCAUUAAUUGACUACACUCUGGAAUUCCUGACAGCCACAGGUGUACAGGAAACCUUUGUCUUUUGCUGUUGGAAGGCUGCUCAGAUCAAAGAACAUUUACUGAAAUCUAAGUGGUGCCGCCCUACAUCCCUCAAUGUGGUUCGAAUCAUCACAUCCGAGCUGUAUCGAUCACUGGGAGAUGUCCUCCGGGAUGUUGACGCCAAGGCCUUGGUGCGUUCUGACUUCCUGCUGGUUUAUGGAGAUGUCAUCUCGAACAUCAACAUUACCAGGGCCCUGGAGGAGCACAGGUUGAGGCGGAAGCUAGAAAAAAAUGUUUCUGUGAUGACGAUGAUCUUCAAGGAGUCAUCCCCCAGCCACCCUACUCGUUGCCAUGAGGACAAUGUGGUGGUGGCUGUAGAUAGUGCCACAAACCGGAUUCUGCAUUUCCAGAAAACCCAGGGCCUCCGUCGUUUCUCAUUUCCUCUGAGUCUGUUCCAGGGCAGUGGAAAUGGAGUGGACAUUCGAUACGAUUUACUGGAUUGUCACAUCAGCAUCUGCUCUCCUCAGGUAGCUCAGCUCUUCACAGACAACUUUGACUACCAAACUCGAGAUGAUUUUGUGCGAGGCCUGCUUGUGAAUGAAGAGAUCCUGGGGAACCAGAUCCACAUGCACGUAACAAAUAGAGAAUAUGGUGCCCGGGUCUCCAACCUGCACAUGUACUCAGCCAUCUGUGCUGAUGUCGUCCGCCGCUGGGUCUACCCCCUCACCCCAGAAGCCAACUUCACGGACAGCGCCGCCCACAGCUGCACCCAUUCCCGACACAACAUCUACCGGGGGCCUGAGGUCAGCCUGGGCCAUGGCAGCAUACUGGAGGAAAAUGUGCUGCUGGGCUCCGGCACUGUCAUCGGCAGCAACUGCUCCAUCACAAACAGUGUCAUUGGCCCCAACUGCCACAUUGGUGAUAAUGUGGUCCUGGACCGGGCCUACCUGUGGCGAGGUGUUCGAGUGGCUGCUGGAGCACAGAUCCAUGAGUCUCUGCUCUGUGACCAUGCUGAGGUCAAGGAACGAGUCACCCUGAAGCCACACUGCGUCCUCACUUCCCAGGUGGUGGUAGGUCCAGAUAUCACGCUGCCUGAGGGCUCGGUGAUCUCCUUGCACCCUCCAGACGCAGAUGAAGAUGAGGAUGAUGGCCAGUUCAGUGAUGAUUCUGGGGCUAACCAAGAAAAGGAGAAAGCGAAGCUGAAAGGUUACAACCCAGCAGAAGUGGGCAUUGCGGGUCAGGGCUACCUCUGGAAAACUGCAGGCAUCAACGCAGAGGAGGAGGAAGAGCUGCGGCAGAGUCUGUGGGGACUCAAAAUCAACGUGGAAGAAGAGAGUGAAACCGAAAGUGAAAGAAGUAUGGACUCAGAGGAGCUGGACAGCCGGGCAGGCUCCCCACAGUUGGAUGACAUCAAAGUGUUCCAGAACGAGGUCCUGGGAACACUGCAGCGAGGCAAAGAUGAAAACAUUUCUUGUGACAAUCUAGUCUUGGAGAUCAACUCUCUCAAGUACGCCUACAACAUUAGCCUGAAGGAAGUGAUGCAGGUCUUGAGCCAUGUGGUCCUGGAGUUCCCCCUGCAGCAGAUGGACUCACCACCCAGCCCAACCCGCUACUGUGCGCUGCUGCUUCCUCUUCUCAAAGGCUGGAGCCCUGUUUUUAGAAACUAUGUAAAGCGUGCAGCUGACCACUUGGAAGCAUUGGCAGCCAUUGAGGACUUCUUCCUGGGGCAUGAAGCUCUUGGGACUUCCAUGGCAAAGGUGCUCAUGACUUUCUACCAGCUAGAGAUCCUGGCUGAGGAAACAAUCCUGAGCUGGUUCAACCAAAGGGACAUCACGGACAGGGGCCGGCAGCUGCGCAAGAACCAGCAGCUGCAGAGGUUCAUCCAGUGGCUACAAGAGGCAGAAGAGGAGUCUGACUGAAGUCACAUGCUCUUCCCUGGGCGUGGUAGUCCCCCUCCUGGCCCCGGGGACUGAACUGUGAGGAGUGAGCGCCAUCCCGGCUGGGACUAGAAGAGCAGAGGCUGGACAACAGUAUUCUUCCCACCACCUGGCACGUGUGCCCCUCAUCCCUUGUGGGAAGCUGGGGCCAGGGGUGUUGGGCUGAAGUGAGGCUCCUGCCUGGGAGGGGCAAGCAGGACCUGCAGCCAGGAAACUUUGGGCUCCAGCUUCCCUGAGGGACAUCAAAGAUCAGCUGGCCCUCUCUGCUGCUUACAUUUGUUAAUAUUAAAAGAAAACAGGUGUGU